GUCUUUCAUCUAAAUGAAGUCUGCUUCCGUGUUGAUAAGCCGCAUGCCGAGAAUGUACCCGUUACACGUAUCUGUAUCAAAAGUCAUCUGAGUUGUCUGUCGUAGCUAAAGCGCCACGUCCUGGAUUUCGCCCUUUUGAGCUAUAAAAUGGGUUUCCAACAAAAUGGUAUUAAUUGGAAAUAUCAGUAAAAGGCCUACUGUAAUCGUUCGCACGACCAUCGUGCUUUUGCGAGGGAAGAAAUUUCGUGGGUCGAAAAUCUAAAACAAUCUAAAAUAUUGACAUUUGGGCGAUAUAGAACGGUGUCACCUUUAAAGCCGUGGAACACUGUGGCACGUAGGCCUAUACGCUGAAAAUCACACCAUUACUUCCUGUAUGGGCAACAACUACGCUAUGAUCAGCAUGUCGUGUAGUUUAUGACGUACGAAGUAGGUUCACUGCAGAACUAACGGAUACCAGAACUUCCUUCCUUCAUGGACCAACAAUCACCGCCGAGGACUAGCUUUUCUUGGAUAUCCCCAUUCCAAAUAUUCCAGUUGCACCUUUAGAUAUCCACGACGUAGCAAGCCCUCUAAGGAUUCUCAGGAUGCAGCCAGCAUUGAGUGAGGUCAAAUUAAGGCGGUUGGCCUCAAAUCUUGGAUCGGAGUGGAAGGCUUUGGCAACCCAUUUGGGAAUUAGAAGAGAUGAAGUUGACCGGUUUCAAGCUGAUCAUCGGGGUACAGAAGAGCAGAUAUUCCAGAUGUUGAUGAUUUGGUGGCAGCGGUGGAAACAUCAGAAUGACGAUGACGACAAAGAUUGUCUGAGGCUCCUACAGGUUAACCUGGUCAAGAUUAGCCGAUCGGAUCUCGCAGAAUCUCUGUCUGAGCCUAUGGAAUGUCUGAAGAACUGGAACACUGGCGUUUGCUGUGCAGCGUUCGUCCAAUACUACAAGGAUAUGAUGGGAGUUGUUCCCUUGCUUCCCUGGUUGCCAUCAGAUGUCAGUAAAAUAAAUUAUAUCUACAUGAAACCAACACUCAUUGAGAAAAAGCAGAAGGCAAAAGGGAUGAUAGAGCGUGACAUCGGUUCGUAUGAAGACAUGCUUUGUCUUGAAUGUGAUGACGGUCAACCAGUCAGAUUUAUCCUGCUUUAUGGCAUUGCCGGAAGCGGCAAGACAACCAUCGUGUCAAAGAUCGCCACCGACUGGGCACUGAAGAAAUCAGGUUCACCACUUUCCAAAUUCAGUUUGUUAAUCUCCCUGAGUAUGCGAGAAUUGAAGCGCACCCCCAAUCUAAGCGAAGCUAUUUUUGACCAAAUCCUGGCAAAAGAUACAGAAAUAAGGGGUAGUUGUCUGAGACAUUACCUGAAUUCUCAUGCAAAUGAAGUCCUCGUCGUCUUGGAUGGGGCUGACGAAAUUGAUAAAGAAGGAUCCGAGCUGCCAACUGAAGGUGACAUCAUGGACAUCAUCAGCAACAAGAUUCUCCGUGGAUGUACCGUCAUCGUUACCACACGUCCCCACAUGGUGGAUAAGUUAUGCAAGCUCAAUCCUUCUUUUACUAGGAUUGAAAUCAAUGGUUUCCGAGAGAGCGAAAUCAGCGAAUACAUCCACAGGUUUUUUCAUGGUGAAGCCCAACAACGUGCUACAGAUUUGUAUCUGUAUUUGGCUGCAUCUGAAAGCCUCCACAAUUUGGCAAAAAUACCUAUGAUGUUGUUGCUCAUCUGCCUUGUCUGGUCAGAGGGACAGAAACUCCCUGAGACAUUAACAGAGCUUUUCACAGAGGCAGUCUUUUUCAUCAUGAAGCGUUACUUUUUGGCAACGGGUAAACUGAGCACGUGUGACGAAGAUGAGUUCCUGCAAAAUGAGUUGAAAGAUCUGGUACAAGCAUUGGGCAGAAUAGCUCUAGAAGGUCUGAUGCUCAGUGGACAGAAAUUGAUUUUUGAGCCUUCAGAUUUUGGAAAUCCCGCAGUGGUUGAAAAGGCGUGUAAAGUAGGGAUUCUGUCUCAGGAGAGAAUGAGAAGUAAGCUGCGCACGGUGCAGUGUGUUACUUUCAUCCACAAAACUUUCCAAGAGGCGAUUGCUGGAUUUUAUUGGGCUACACUUGUAGAAUCCAACAGAGAUCUUUUCGACCAUUACUUCCGUCUGAUUCCAGAUGAUUGGAAAUCCUCCACCCUGGAGUACGUGUUUCGGUUUUGUUGUGGGGCAAAUGCAAAGGCAGCAAAGCAUUUGCUCGCCCACGUUGUCUCCUCUUUCAGCUGGGACAGCCCAAGGGUGUUGAGAUUUGAUGAUUACAAGAAUGUCAGCAUUUUGGAUAGCGAUAUUGGGAUGAGGCUGUAUAACAGCAUUUACACACAAACGAACCUUUGCCUUUUGAUGCACUUGGAGGCGCAAAACAGAGAAUUUCACAGCCUCAUGAACCCAGUCUUUAAAAAUGGAUUAUCAUUUGACUUGAAAUGCUCCACGGACAUCAGGCUGGCUUUUGCUUUUUUAAUCGAGUGUGCCUCAGUUGGGCGUCAUUCUUUCCUCACAUUGUUGAAGAAAAUUAAUAUAGAGAGCAUCGAUAAAGACAGCGCUUGUGUAGUCGCCAGGAUAUUGAGACAUUCAGUCAUUGCGACAGACGUCGAACUAGAGUUCCAUUCAGCGCCCUUCCCGAAGAAUAAGAACGUCAAUUCCGAUUGGCAGUUUUCUAUGGGUGAUGCUCUUGGCUCGAUGCAGUCAUUGAAAACCCUUUCCCUUUAUUGUCGACCUUUCCCAGUCAAUCUAGAUUUGUCUCCCAUGUUCAGAUGCUUUGCUCAGUCAACCACUGUUAAAUUGGAAUGCUUUGCAUUACAGGGGUGUGAGGUUGAUCCGAGAUGCUUGAAACAGUUCUUUGGAAACCAAGAUAAGCUAUUUCAACUCGGUCUCAGCAGUCGGAGUCUUGUUCACCUCAAGAAUAAUGAUCACUUUUGGAUCGGAGUCUUCGAAGGCCUUCAGACGCAGUCUUUGAGAGUACUGGAGAUCAGUUUCUCCAAACAUACAGGCACUCGAACUGUACAUCUUCAUCAGUCUUGCCCGGAUUUGCAAGUGCUGAGGCUCGUCGAUGAUGGUCUUCAUCAGGAAGAUCUCCUGCAGAUCUGUGCUCUCAUUCAAAAGGCCCCUCCACUCCAAGAGAUUGAUUUGUCAGGCAGUAAGAUCAGGGAAGCUUUUCCGAGCUUAGCUAAGCAGCUCCCGAAACUCAUUCACUUAGAGGUUUUGAAACUGAACGAUACAGGCUUGCUCUCAGACCAAGUUAUCUUCUUAGCCAAUGAAGUCCUUCCAGCCUUGUCAAAUCUGCGGGUCUUGUCACUUUCUCGUUCAUAUCAUCACUUUGCUGAAUCAAUAUCCCCAGAUUCUCUACUGUCAGUCGUACGAUGGUCAUGUAAUUCGUCGUCCCUGAAAGAGCUUGGCAUGAAAGGAUGCGUAAUGCACCUUCCUCAUAGAAACGAACCACAAGCUGAAGAUACCGGUAAUGAGGUUCUUGCAAUUGGAACUAUGCAUAGUAGUACCACCAGGCUCUGCUCACUUGAGAUCUUAGAUCUUCAUCGAAACUAUCUUGGCCAAUUCACUCCUCAGUUAAUAAAACUAUUGAGGAGAAUGCCCGCUUUGAGGAUCUUAGACAUGAAUAGCAUGGGGCUGACUGAUUCUGACGCAGUCCAUCUGGCAGAGGUUCUUCCCAACUGUCAGAGGUUGCAGGAGUUGAAACUCGAGGGAAAUGAUGACAGCUUAGGAGAGGUUGGGGUCAAGGCACUUCAAAAUGUUAUGCGCAAGCUACCCGGCAUGAAAAAUCUCUACAUGAAUGUUCUAGUUGAACUUUAAACGAAACAUGCUUUGAAGGUGGAUCUGUCACAUGUGCAAAUUGUUGAUUUCUUUCCAAUACAAAAAUUGCCACAGCGUCUCUGCAGUUCGUGCCCUUGAGGAACACCGGGAUAUUGCACUUUGCAAAUUAAUGUCAACAGCACCCCACACCAACCGCAGCUUUCUGAUUACAUGUUCAAGUGAGUGUGUCGAUUUGCGUGCUGCGCAUGUGUUGAGCAUAAUUAAUAUUACAGGAAGGACAAUAAGCUAAGAGGCAAUAUGAGCAGUACUUCAACGUAGUUGAAGUGUCUAUGAUGCCGAGCCUGUGCAUAUGGGCAAAUAACAAAUACAACAAAGUUUAAAAAUAAUCAUAGGACUUUUCUCCUUGAAGUCUUAAAAACAAUUCUUUGAAACGUCAAGGGAAGGAGGAAUGUCAAAAUAUGCACCUUGAUAGGCUGUGUCACAGCUGAAUCAGAGUAACCACAUUUUUUUAGUCUUUUCCCUGGCAGGGCCAUGAUUGCUGUUGGCCAUUGUAGUUUUGUAUUAAUCAACUUGGUUCACCUUUUUGUUAGCCCUGGCCCAGCUUUGGAAUGCAGGGGCGUGCAUGAGUGCACCCUUGGCACUCGCUGAAUGUGGGUGUGAAUGUAUAUAAGGAUUGAUUAAACAGGGUGUGGUGUGAGAUUUGCUAUGGUAGAGGGAACACGGCGUUCUGAUUUAUGCUGACUUAGCCAUUUUGGUUAGCUUUUGCCAUCCCUUGGCUAUUGGCACAGAUGAUUGAGGAUUUGUGAAGUUAUACCUUAUGGCUUUUUAUUUUAAUUGCCUGGAAUUGGUUUAAUUUGCCAUCUUGACAGAGUUGUUGUACUCGUUUUGGCAAGGCGUAGUUUGAUAAUUUUCUAUUGUAGAUGGUCUUUAUAUGAUGUACAUGGAUCGGCGGAUCCCUGAUGUUGUACGCAGCCCAGUUAAUCUGUGAAGCCUAGAGAGAGUCUUUAGCUGCCAGGAAUCCCAUUGGCAGAGUGAAGCCUCGCUGUUCCCGAACCUGUGUAGAUGAAACUACAGGCGGCUCUCCACAGCGUCGUCCUGCUCUUGCGAUCCAAGUAGCCUUAGCGAUCUGGACGAUGGGUGUGGAACUACCGUAACUGCGAUGAGCACCAUUGCAAAUCUCCCCUACAUAAGUAAUUUCUUAUUGUUGUAUAACAUUCUGAUAAUUUAUUUUAAUCCCUUUGUGUUUGGCUUUAUUUUGUGAAUAUGAUUGAAAGUUCAAGAUAUUUGAUUUAUUUGGUUUGUUGCCCCUGUUUAAAAGUCACACGUCGUGGGAAAUUUACUGAUUUUUUGCUAUAUAAGUGUCCCCCUUGUGGUAAACUACUUGUGGUAUUGUGAUAUUUUGGUUAUAAACGUGUAAAUUGUUCGACUUAUUUGACUUGUCUGGAUAUUAAGUAAGGAAUUGCAGUUUGAAGUAAAUCUGGCUAAUUUACUAUAUAUCCUCCACAGUGCGGAUGGAUUGUGUGGUUAGGCGUUUUAACAUUGAGCCUUGAGAAUUGACCGGCAAAUUAAGGAUUCUAGAACUGUUUUAUAUAAAGAAAGGUUGUACAAGAAACUGACAGUUUUGUAACGUGAAUUGAUGAUUGAGCAUUACAAAUAUUGAGUAAUUCGUAUAAAGGAAUUUGACCGUGUAAAAUAAGAAUUGGUCAGGAAACUCAAUUGUAAGAUAAAUCUGGUAUGAUUGAUGAAUUUGCCAUUUUAUGGUCAUGGGCCAAGUUCUGCAUUGAGGGACAUUUUGACUUUGUUAUUUCCCCUGCAAUUUCAAGUUGUGCAUAAUUAUUGUUUUGAAUAAAUUUAGAUGUAUGUAUUGUAAAUAUUAAAAUUUUGUGUAAAGUGAUCUUCUUGCUAGAGUUCCCAAAGACUGUGACAGGCUGUAAUUAUUUUUACUAUUUAGCGCUGUCGGAAGAGGGAAGAAAAAGACAGGACUCAACAGUACUUUAAUAGUGAUGGGGCACAAUAGUAACGGCAAGUAGGCUUAGCUCCCACAACAAACAUAACUCCAUAUAGAAAACAAACACAAUAAAAAGGGUGAACUGAAUCUGCUUGCCCUGAAAGCUCGGCAAUCACAUAUUCCAGCCUGAGAGCACCGAUUUUAUAUGAUAUUCUUGUCUAUAUACAAUUAAAAAAGGUAUUUUCUCAUUUUGGGUUAAUUUUAUGUCCCAAACACAAAAUGAAGCAUAUCGGAACCGAUGCCAUGCAAAUGACUGCCUUCUUCGCAUUGGAACGUG